CAUUCAAUUUCUUCCAAAUCUUUAUAUUUACAUAUAUAUCCCAAUUAAGAAUCGUAGAGAGAGAGAGAGAGAAAUGGAGGGUGGGAAGAUUGAGGAAAUGUACAAAGAAUGCCUAAGGAACCAUGCAGCCAGCCUAGGAAGCUACGCCACCGACGGCUGCGGAGAAUUCACAGCGGAAGACGGCGGCGGCCUCAACUGCGCGGCUUGCGGCUGCCACCGCAACUUUCAUCGCAAAGUGUCGAGCACGCAGGUGCAUACUAGUGCGGCGGAGAUGGUAGAUUGCCGGGCCGAGAUGAGCGGGAAGAAGAGGUUCCGAACCAAGUUCACGGAGGAGCAGAAGGAGAAAAUGCUGAGCUUGGCGGAGAAGUUGGGGUGGAGAUUGCAGAGGAAAGAUGAGGAAGACGAGAUCGAGAGGUUUUGCAGAGGCAUUGGGAUUAGUAGGAAAGUCUUCAAAGUUUGGAUGCACAAUCACAAAAACUCUCCCUCUCUUUCUGCAAAUGCAUCUUCUCUUACUGAUGAUCACUAGACAUCGUCUGUACCUUCUUCUAAUAAUUAAUUAACAUCAAUGCUUUUAAUUUUUAUAUAUAUGUGUGUGCCAUGGAAUUGAAGGAUGCAAGCUUGCACUAAUUAUGUGUAAGGGGAAUGUAAUUUUUUUUCUUGAAUAACGGCCGGGAAUGUAAUUUUCUAGCUAGGAGACUUGAUUGAUGUAUGUACAUUUAUAACGGGAACAACCAAUUUAAUUAUAUGUGUAUGUGUUGGCCUCC